GUGAUCAAUAUCCACUACACUAGAGGCAAGCACAAAAUGAGCAGACGCCUCCGAUCCCUCAUUUCCUCCAAGUACAUGUACAUAUUCGCACUCAGUCCCUGUGCGGAGGAGAAGGCAUUCCCUGGACUGGCUGCUCACUCAAUGUCAAGGGCAAACAUUGCAAAAGUCAGAAGUGAAGGUGGAAAUAAUAAUCAACAAAGGGAGGAGUUUGAGUUUAAAGACACGUCAUCUGUUGCGACUGAAGAGAAAGAAAAAAUCGAAUGCCCUAGAACCCAAUCAAUUUGGUCUAAAUUGGCAAGAGAAAGUAUACGAAUUACCCCCAUCACGCACAAUGGUGACGAAAGUGCUAACGGACAGAACAAAUCAGCAGACAGCGAAAUAAAAGUUCCACGAAAUGUUGACUUCCCAGAAAAAUUGAAGCUUCGCACCCUCGUCGAGAAUGUUCAAUUGCUGGAAAGUGAGGAAAACAUGGAGUUUCUGUGGAAGUAUUUUGCCCAACUCGUCGAUCGAGUUUGUCUCUAUUUCUACGUUGUGAUAACAAUGUUUAUUUCGAUUGAUUUUAUUAAGUACCUGUAACUACUCGCAUUACAUUAUUA